AUGUACAGCAAAGAACAACAGGCAGAUCUAUUGUACGACUAUUCCAACGCUCGUGUACAAGUUGAACAAUGGAAAGCGCACAUAUUAACGUCACAGAAUCAGGAUAAAGCGAAGCACGAUGUGGUUGAUGGUCUGGAAAAUAAUUCCGUGUUUAUACUUUGUGACUGGGCAAUGAAAUUUCUGACAGUAAAAUAUCGCGAGAAACAAAUCGAUUGGUUUGGAAAGCGGGGUCUAAACUGGCAUAUUAGCAGCUGUAUUUUGAAGCGAGACUCAGGAACGUUUGAUGUCAUCUCCUACGCUCAUUUAUUUGAUUCAUGCGCACAAGACUAGUAUGCAGUAUUGUCGAUUCUGGAAAAUCUGCUGAACGAAAUAAAGAGAGAGAAUCCUCAGAUAACAAAAGCAUAGCUGCGCUCUGACGAGGCUGGGUGCUAUCAUAAUAACUUUCUCGUUGCGGCCUUACGUGAUGUUGGCAGAAGAAGUGGAAUUAAAAUCGAAAGAUAUGAUUUCUCGGAGCCACAGCAUGGCAAAGACCUUUGCGAUCGAAUUAUUUGUCCUAUGAAGAACUCGAUUCGCGUGUACUGCAACGAAGGACAUGAUAUUACAACUACAGCAGCAGUUUGUGUACUUGAUAAGUCAAAGUGCACUCUGGAAGUGAACAAACUUCUAAACUUUAGUAAUUACCAUAACUUUUCGUACGAGCACAUUGGAUUACGAGCGUGGAAAGCAUUAAACAUCGGGACUGGAAAAUUUUUUGCAUAUGAUGAUAUUUUCAACAACGACCAAGAUCCGACAGACUUAAUAACGGAGGAAAGUUUCUUCCCAAUAAACCAACUGCGAACAUUCACUCCAAAAAGCAGUAAAUCGGAGGAACAUGAGGAAAAUAAUUUAUACGAGUGCACCGAGGAAAAUUUCUCAUUUUCUUUCAAAACACUCGAUGAACUUGAGAUGCAUGUUGCGGUCGAUCGUCACUCUAAACCAAACACAGAUGGCGAGAGAUUUUUUGAUAAAUUGCGUCGAGACUGA